GCAGUUUUGACGUAUAGUGCUGCGUGUUACGUGCAUACCGGUGACACUCGACUGCCACGACCGUGGGCGAGAUAAAAAGAGGAGUCAGUAUGCUCGAAUGACUGACGAGGAGGAACGCGAACCUCUGGCAACUCGUGAAGCGUCCGCCCCUAAAAUGGGCUACGACGGGCCCAAAAACUCGCUGCUGGCCAGCUACGUCAACAUCGCACUCGCCGUCUCCGCCUAUUGGGUCGUGUCAAUUCUGACGGUGUUCGUGAACAAGGCCCUGCUGAGCGGCGAGACGGUCGACCUGAAGGCACCGCUCUUCAUCACCUGGUUCCAGUGCGUCGUGUCCACCUUCAUCUGCUUCGUGCUCAGCAGCCUGUCCAAAAUCUUUCCGCAGCAUGUCACUUUCCCUGAAGGCUCGCCGUGGGAUACUUCCAUCAUGUGGAAGAUGCUGCCGCUUUCGAUUUUAUUCACAGCCAUGAUUUCGUUCAACAAUCUGUGCUUAAUGUACGUCGGCGUGGCGUUUUACUACAUUGGACGCUCUCUCACAACUGUGUUCAACGUCAUCCUGACUUAUCUAGUCUUAGGCCAGAAAACAUCGACGAAUGCGGUCAUGUGCUGCCUGGUCAUUGUCAUGGGCUUCUGGCUCGGAGUUGAUCAGGAAAAUGUUGUUGGCUCGCUGUCAGUGAUCGGAACGAUUUUCGGCGUGCUGGGCUCCCUGGCGCUGUCGAUGUACUCGAUUCACACAAAGCGGGUGUUGCCUUACGUGCGGCAGGAGAUCUGGCUGCUCUCUUACUACAACAACUUCUACUCGUGCUUCCUAUUCUUGCCGCUGAUUGCCAUUGACGGGGAAUACCACGCGAUCGUCAACUACCCAAAACUCUUCACCGCCUAUUUUUGGUUCCUCAUGACUAUUGGUGGCGUCUGCGGAUUCGCCAUCGGAUACGUCACAGCCCUGCAAAUUAAGGUUACGUCGCCUCUGACGCACAACAUUUCAGGGACAGCGAAGGCGUGCGCCCAGACCGUGUUGGCCACUUACUGGUUCCAGGAAACGAAACCGUUCCUGUGGUGGGCGUCCAACUACGUGGUGCUCUUCGGCAGCGGUGCCUACGCCAGGGUCAAGCAGAAGGAGAUGGAGGAGAAUCACAGGAGCAGUCUGCUCAGAAACCAAGAAAAGCCAGUCUGAGGACGACAUUUUUGUAGGAAACGAUACUUUGUCUGGAAUUAGCAAUGUUCAUAGUUGCUCAAAUUGGUUAAACUUCAUUUUAGAGGUUGUUUAAUAAAAGUCAUUCCAAAGAAUUUGCUAUCUUGUCUGACAGUAAUGUAUUUAUUAAAACUUUCCUGCGCUCGGAGAGCCUUGUAUUUUUAUAAUGCGUGUGUUUUGUUGUGCAACCUGCGCACUUGAGACUAUUAUAUACAUGUUUGUUUUCUUACAGUUGUGAAUAAACACGAAAGCCACAGCA